CUCCAGCUCUAAUUCAAUAGGAGCUCAGCUGCGGCUGUCGGUCUGUCGCCGUCGAGUACUGACGGACCUUUCAGCGCGAUCACAGGCACCGAUUCACUGAGCCGAACCGCUUCAUCGGAAUAAGCCCCUGGGUUCGGACGCGGCUCCGGCACAGACGUUUCUGAGGCAACAUGACGGCAAAUGCGGGAUGAAUGUCGAGCUUUUGGACGUGCAUUCCUGGAGCUCGCUUUUCCCGAGCGCACGUUUCGUUGUCGCCGAGUGAUGAAUGAAAACCAGAGGGGAAACACCGGGAGAAAGCAAAAUCCGCCCUCGCCGUGGAUGCGAGAGGGCAGUGAUGCUGUGACAGCAGCCGGGGCUCCAGAAUAAAAGCACAGCGCAGCGACGAGAAGUUGUGCGGAAUGAGGCUCGCGAGCAUGUGUUGUUACGGAUCUUCGAGGAGGGGUUAGUUGAUCCAGAGCACUGAGCAGAACCAGACCAGAGGAUGGUCCCCGGGGCCCCUAGCACGACCACCACCAUGCUCCCCGCCUCCGAGGCUGCCAAAAUCUACCAGACCAACUACGUGCGCAAUUCCCGCGCCAUCGGAGUCCUGUGGGCCAUCUUCACCAUCCUCUUCGCCAUCGUCAACGUGGUGUGCUUUAUCCAGCCGUACUGGAUCGGAGACGGCGUGGACACCCCGCAGGCGGGCUACUUUGGUCUCUUCCACUACUGCAUCGGAAACGGGCUGUCCCGGGACCUGACCUGUCAGGGCAGCUUCACCGAGUUCAGCACCAUUCCGUCCGGGGCGUUCAAGGCCGCCUCCUUCUUCAUAGGCAUGUCCAUGGUGCUGGUCCUCACCUGCAUCGGCUGCUUCGCGCUCUUCUUCUUCUGCAGCACCGGCACCGUUUACAAGAUCUGCGGCUGGAUGCAGCUGGCUGCAGGCACUUGUCUGAUCCUGGGCUGCAUGAUUUACCCCGACGGCUGGGACAGCGACGAGGUGAAGCGCAUGUGCGGCGAGCAGACGGACAAAUACACGCUGGGCGCCUGCUCGGUGCGCUGGGCCUACAUCCUGGCCAUCAUGGGCAUCAUGGAUGCUCUCAUCCUCUCCUUUCUAGCUUUCGUGCUGGGAAACCGCCAGGACAGCCUGAUGUCCGAGGAGCUGCUGGGAGACAAGAGCAGCAACAACGCCAUAUAGCAUCUGGCGAGGAUGAAGCAGAAACAGGUCUUGCUCCCUAAAAGUGAUGUUACUUCAGGAUACAGCUUCCUUCUCCUGGUCCAACCUCUGGCUGGGAUCCAGAGCGGAUGUGUAGAGAUCGAUGAAGAAGAAGGUCUAGAUGAGGCCGUGCAGCCUUAUGGAGAAGACCAGGAUGCGUCGUGUUAUCCUUCAAAGUUCCCUCUGUAAAAUAUUUUUCACGUUCAUCUCAGACUGAUUAUCUUUGCAGGAUGAAUUCGAGUUUGCCCUGUGUUCGUCUUUUAAUGCAUCAUCUCACCCCGAGCUGUUCACACUGAAAUGUUUUUUGUGUGGAUGUGAGGAUGGCUGACAUCGCACAGGUUCAGCUGGAAGGAAAGAGGAAAAAAUCAAUCAGAAUCACUCCUUCGGUGGUAAAUCAGCUCCAGGACUAACUCGUGUAGAGCAGCGGCCUCUCAGAUCAAAUCAAAUCACAACAUCUUAACCAGACACAAACAAGGACUUAACAGACUUGGGGUCAAAGCUGUCAGAUCAAGUCAACAACCGCCUGAAAAAAGAAGUUUGGCUUUGACACGGUUUGACCUUUGCUUUGAAGGAGGGCGGUGUCAGAGAAGGCGUGUGAACUGGAGCCUGCAGAAAGGCUGGAGAAAACAUACUAGUUACUCAUAAUUAAAUGUUUGGUGUAAUAGAAUCAAGAAGUAGUACAUUGGAGGUCAGGCUGAAAAAACAACUGCACUAAAUAGGAGAAACUGUAUUGAGUCUGUAAUGUGUGCAUAAUUAUGUGUGAUUAUGUCUGUGUAUUUUGUCUUGACUUGAAAUGUACACUAAACUAUUGGUCCAUUAGUGUGUGCCAUACAGUAUCAGUGUUGUGGAGUACUAACAGGGUAUACGCAGGGUUAAACAGGACAUGGGCGUCUUAGAAUCUUGUUUUCUUGGUUCCCAUGACUAAUAAACUAACAGGCCGGGCUGGUGGAGUACAUGACAUUGUUAUAAAUAAAUAAAAUCUUACACAGUCAUGUGGGACGACUGGCACAACCUCCGCUCGUUUGUCCUGUUCUUGUUCCGCCUGCUCCUGAUUAACGGGCUCAGGUGUGUCCAGUUGUCGGAAGCUGCAAGGUACGACUUCCCCUCAUCUUCCCCCACUUCACACUCGCCUAAGAUGGUCUCUUCCAGCACCUGAGCCAGGUAGUCAGAAGUGGUCUGUUAGCUUAGCUUAAGCUGCCACAAAGCGUAUAGGUGCGGUGGCAAAUAACCUGUCAACUAACAUGACCCACUCACCAACAUCGGUACCACUCAGCACUGGAACGUGUAAUUUGUUUAGACCACACCUGUUAUGGUUUGGCUCCAAUUUGGCAGUUGUACAGUCAAGUGUAAUGCUAACAUUAGCCAACUAACCUUACAGGCUGAUUUUAUAUCCUAAAAAAUCGUAAUUUAUUGUUUUUAAACUUACAAUUUUAUAUUAUAAACCGGAUAUAAAGCGUUUACGUGGUGAAGUUCACGCACAGAGCUAACCUAAGUCAAGCUAGGUGCUAUAGCGCUAGCUAACGUAAGCUAGGCGUCUCUAUCAUGGUAGCUAAGCUAAGCUAAGAAUUGUUACCAUUAAAAUGUCUUCAAACGCACUGAUUUGAAUUUAAGACAGAGCUUUAAUUUUAUUUAUUUAGCAUGCUUUAGAGUAAUCCUGAACUGUGUUGUGGCCUUACAUGAAGAUAUUUGACCUAAAACGUGGAACCACAUCCGGCUCAAUUUUUAGUUGGAGCUGUCAACACGAAGCAUGCGAUUAGACAGUUAAAUGUUAUGGGCGGUGGGACGGUAUUAAUCUGAUUAUUUGUACUACAGGGCUAAACUUAUACUUUUACCAUCUUAAAUUAAAACGACAGGAUAAUUUGAGGCGCACACAAUUCUGUCUGUGUAAAAUAGCAUCUGGGCCUUUGUUAUUUUAGGUGUAACAACGUGGACCUGAAGGACUUUGAUCUUCUUGCCAGGUUUAAACCCAGACACACUGACUCAUGGAUCUGCUCAGUGAAUCCGUCACAUUCCCGAUUCACUGACCUGACAGAGGAGACGAUCUGAUGUGUUGAUCUGUCCUUAAGGGCAAAUGUAAAUGUGACACGUGAGAAAUAAAAAUUGUGAACACCA